AUGGGUCGGCGACACAUCGAAUCAGAAUCCACCAAAUGCUCUUCCUUCGUCCUCCUCUGCCUGGCCCUGAUCUCCUGCUCUCUGGUCUACGCCUUCCUCUCCGUGACGACGUCGUUUUCCCAGUCCUCAUCGGUCGAAGAACAAGGCGGGCGUGUGGAAACAGAUUCGAAUGGGGACGAGUGUUGCAGAGGAAUCGAGAACUUGGAGCUCUGGGGAGCCGCCGUGAAGUGGGGAUCUGAUUUGAAGUUCAAUUCUUCUCAGGAGUGUUGUAAGGCUUGUAAGGCCAUGUGUACUGGGAAUGAUGGUCCGUGUUUGUGCGACACUUGGGUCUUUUGCGGAAAUAAAGAGACUUGUGGGUCGAAAUUCGGCGAGUGCUGGUUGAAGAAACAGAAGGAUACUUUGAAUCCUGACCGGCAAGAAGCAGGGGAAAAAGUUAGUUGGACUUCCGGGCUCAUCUUUGGAAAAGGAGAGGGAAUUGUUGGCUUGGAAACAAAAUAUGGAACCCUUCACAUAAAGCUUUUCCCUGAUUGUGCCCCUCAUUCUGUAGCCUACAUUCUUGAGUUGUUGGCAUUGCGGCACUGUGCGGGUUGUGAAUUUUAUCGUGCUGAGAGCAGAGGGGAAUCCUGGGAUUCAGAAGGAAACCACAUAGAAAAGGCUUCUUUUGGUCCCCCAUUUGCACUGAUUCAAGGAACAUUGGAAGCCAUGGGAAACCCAUUCAAGAAGAUCCCAACUGAGGUUUGCCCCACAAUUAGAAGGGGUUCCGUAGCUUGGAUCGGUUCCGGUCCAGAAUUCGUUAUAAGCCUGGCAAACCAUGAAGAAUGGAAAAACGCGUACACCGUUUUUGGUUCUGUUCUUCCGGAGGACAUGAAAAUAGCUGAGAAAAUUGCUCAGCUACCCACCAAACCAGAUGUUUGGAACAAUAUCAAUGUGUCUGUCUUGGAACAGCCUGUGCCAUUGUUGUUGAGAAGAAUCCAGACAAGUGUAAAAACAGAGUGAAAGUUCAUACCUCACUAUACGAGUUUGAUCGCUUUUUUCUCCAUACUUUCUCUGCUUUGAACUAUACUGAAUUCAAUGUUACAUCGAUCAUCGUCUGUCUUAGAGAAAUAAUACGGCUUUUGGGUAUUUGCCUGGCAGUAGUGUUCUAAUGUUUCCGUAGCAUACCCAGUACUUUAUUAUUAGUAUAUUAAUUAUUAGGAAAAUUUUCAUUUUUA